AUGUCGGUGCUGCUGCUCAAAGCACCGGACGACAAGUACCGACGUGCGCUCGAGCGACGCGCCGGCUCCAGUCCGUCGCAUCAGAGCGUACGAGUAUACUUCACCGAAGUGCUGACCUUUGCGUACGUCAAUACGCCGCAGCUCGUGGACGUCUUGACGCACGUGGAGCGGUACAGUGGCCUUCUCGUCACGAGUCCCCGCAGUGCGCUCGCCGUCGCGACGGCCGUCAACGGACUCGACGCUGAGCACCAGCGGCUCGUGCUAACGGCUCUGCAGUCCGUACCUGUGUUUUCAGUCGGUGCGGCGACGUCAAGAGCGCUGUUGCCACUCGGAGUGGUCUGCAAAGGCGACGCCGCUGGCUCAGCAGACGCGCUGGCCGCGUCAUUGCAUCGAGACGGUGGCCUCCCUGCGACGUGCACCGAGAGGCCGAUGGUGUUUCUAUGCGGCGACAAACGCCGGAAUGUCCUGCCCGACAGCUUUCGCUCGCGAGGCCUUCCGCUCGAAGAGCUAAUAGUGUACGAGACUUGUGCCGUGUCGAACGUUGCGCUCCCUGUCGAGUGUCAAGUGCCGCAGUGGAUCGUGUUCUUUAGCCCGAGCGGAGUGGACGUGGCCAAGGACCGCCUGCCUCUGCCUUGGCAAUCGAUCCGCAAGGCAGCGAUAGGCACGACAACUGCCGCUGCUCUCCACGAGCAUGCCGUCGCGACAGGACAGCCGUGUUGGGAAGCAGACGUGACGGCAUUGAAACCCACGCCCGAGGCGCUCGCGAGUGCGAUUUGCGCCUUUGAGAGCGAGCACAAGUCGUGA